AGGAAGUACGGCUUGUUUUCUUUUCCUUGGUUCCUCUGCUGCAGAAAAUGAGAGGCGGAGGAGGCGGCGACCGCGGCAGCAGCGGGCAGGGCUGACCAGCGCACUCCGCCUGGGUAAUCCGACGCUCCGAUGGAGACCCUGGAAUGGGGCUCGGCAGAAAACGACACCUUUCCAUCCACGCUGGCUCCAGCCGUGCUUCCGUACGUGAGGCUGGGUCUGACGAUUGCCUACACUGUCUUUUAUUCCCUCCUGUUCUUGUUCAUCUACAUUCAGCUCUGGCUGGUCCUUCACCACCGGCACAAGAGGUUUAGUUACCAGACCGUUUUUUUAUUUCUGUGCCUGCUCUGGGCUUCUCUUCGGGCCGUGCUUUUUUCAUUUUACUUCAAGGACGUGGUCACCGCAAACUCUCUCAGACCCUUUGCCUUCUGGCUCCUUUAUUGCUUUCCAGUGUGUCUCCAGUUUUUCACACUGACCCUGAUGAAUCUUUACUUCACUCAGGUGAUUUUCAAAGCUAAAUCAAAAUACUCACCAGAAUUACUUAAAUACAGGUUGCCUCUCUAUCUCACAUCAUUCUUUGUCAGUCUACUUUUCCUGCUGGUGAAUUUAACCUGUGCACUGCUUGUGAGAACAGAGAAUGCAGAAAGGAAAUUCAUUGUACUGGUCAGGGUUGCUAUAAAUGACACGCUGUUUGUGCUGUGUGCAAUUUCACUCUCCAUUUGCCUCUACAAGAUUUCCAAGAUGUCCUUAGCAAAUAUUUACUUGGAAUCGAAGGGGUCAUCUGUGUGUCAGUUAACAACAAUAGGCGUGACAGUUAUACUACUAUAUACCUCAAGAGCCUGUUACAACCUUGUCGUUUUAUCAUUUGAUCAGAACAAUACAGUGAAGUCCUUUGAUUAUGAUUGGUACAAUGUAUCUGAUCAGGCAGAUCUGAAAUGCCAGCUGGGUGAUGCCGGAUAUGUAGUAUUUGGAAUAAUCUUGUUUGUGUGGGAGCUCCUGCCUACUUCCUUAGUGGUGUUCUUCUUCCGUGUCCGAAGUCCUACAAAAGACCUAACAAAUCCAGGAAUAGUACCAACUCAUGCAUUCAAUCCAAGAUCUUAUUUCUUUGACAAUCCUCGCAGAUAUGACAGCGAUGAUGAUUUAGCAUGGAGCAUAUCACCACACAGUAUACAUGGCAGAGAAUAAGAUCUUCAAAGCAGUUCCUAAACCCUGAGUCUAAAAAAGAAUGGCCAUUAAACAGUGAGACUAUAAUACCCAAGCAUUGUUUUAUCAGUGAACCAAUAGUAGUUUUUCCAUCAUCUUUCAUAUUAUUUAUAACAUUUCCUAGUCCUACACCACUGUAUUUUCAAAUCCAAUGAAUAUAUUGAUUACCAAUGAAAGGAAGACUAAAACAGUAUUUAAAAUAAAUUCUUUACUCAUCAAAAUAUAAGCAUCUAAUUUAUCCUUGCAAAAUUUUUGGAAUACAGGAGUAGUAUCUAGCCAUGUCCAUCUGCUAAUGGAAUGGAAACCACUGUGAAAAUUGUUUUUCCUUUCUACUGUAGCACCUCUGUGUACUACCAAAAUCUGCUCCAGAGACUUGGGGAAAUCUCCAUAUUUGGAGAAAGUGCAAUGGGAAAGUGGCAGAGGGUGUGUGUUUCAAUAUGUGACUGAGAGUGCACUCAGGCAAUUGUAGAUGAAAGCUGAAGACUACAAGUAAUACAUUUUAACUGCUAAAAUACAUCCCUAUUACUGUGAAAAUAGAUACUAUACAUAGAGGAAUAAUACGGGCUUACAGCCUUUAUUACAGCCUGUGCAACUAGAAAUUAUUAGUUAAACUUGUGGCAAACUUAAUAAAACAAGAUGGAAAUUAGCUGGAUGUAAUUUCUUUUGCGAAAUACACUGCACUGCACAGGCAAAUACACUGUACUGCACUGAUAUGAACCAGCCACAAAAUGCAGAAAUUUGUCUCCAUAUGUCAGGCUGUAAGUACGAUCUUAACUGAGAUCCCUAAAUUCCUGGAACCAUAAGAAUAUGAUAGCUGGCCAAGCAUGAGAAAAAAAAAUUGGCAUCCUGUAUUCUACUCCAUAAAUAAUGAAAUAAUACAUACCUGCAACUUCCCCCAUAACCUGCAUUUAUCACAUCCAACACAAUCCAUUAUGCGGGAUAUGUUCUUGAAAUGUAACCUGAAUUCUUCCUACCAAUAAAGAAAAAGCUUGUUUAAAAGAUUCAGCUCGACUGAAGCUUCUUUUUAGUGACAGUGUAACUCUUUACAAUGCAAGGAAUUUCUUGGGAUUGGCCAGAGGCAAAGCUAUCUUCUUUCAGUUACCAUUAGGACUGACACACUCUUCCUCCUCACUGACCUCCCAUAAGCAUAAAUUUACCCAUCUCCUUUCAGAGGUAACCAUACUUGAUGUAAAAUCUGCUAUUCUGCUAAAAUCUGCUAGCUCAAACAAUAGUUUGCAAAAUCACUUCUGAUCACAGAAGUGGAAACUGUGACUGGGCAGUGACCACAGAUCGUGUACCAGCUCCACUGGUGGUGUCACUAGGCAUCAUCAGCCCUGAAAGGAAAGAGAGAAUUUGAGCACAAGAGCAUUGCUGGUUAUAAGCCAGCCGGGCACUCCCAAUGUCCUUAUGGUUGAGAUAGGGCAGUAUUACAUACCUGUGUUUUUAAGCAGCUUAGCUUUAGUUUUAGUAAUGCUUAACAUAUUUCACAAAAGUAAGCAAGUCUCUUUUUUUAAAGGUAAAAAAAAUAGUAGUUGGCACUGACUUAACAAAGAUACAGCAUAUUUCUUAGUUAGCACUAUCAAUGUGACCUUUAAAUGUGACGAUAGCACCGAAAUAAUGCAUUCUAUCAUGACUCAUUUAAGAAAGAAACACCGAAGACUCCUCUGAUGAGAGAUACAGCCCACCAGCAUAAGUGCU